GGAAGGUUGUGUUCAGUUGAUGAGAACAGGCUUCGGAGAGAGAGCAGGAGAGAACAGCUUACUGUAUAAGUAUUAGAGGUGCGGACAUGUCGGGGGCGUCUUCUCCUGCCUCGGUGACGCUGUUCCAGCAGGAGUCUGGGGGCGUCACCUACCGUAUCCCGGCUCUGCUCUACAUCCCACAUCCUUCCAUCUUCUUGGCCUUCGCUGAAAAACGUUCUUCUCCUAACGACCAGGACGCCAUGUACCUCGUGAUGAGGAGAGGAACGGUGGAGCAUGGCGGGGUGCAGUGGGAAGACAUGAUCGCGGUAAGACAUGCCAAGUUACCAGGCCAUCGGACCAUGAACCCCUGCCCGCUCUACAAUCCCGCCACUAAGACCAUCUUCCUCUUCUUCAUUUGUGUCAAAACCGCCUGCUCCGAAAGGUGUCAAAUCCUAACUGGCCGAAACGCCGCCCGCCUCUGCUACGUCACCAGCCACGACCUCGGCAAAUCAUGGAGUCUAACCAAAGAUGUAACGGAGGAGGUUCUGGGCCGGGACAUGAAGAACUGCGCCACCCUGGCUGUGGGCCCAGGUCAUGGGGUGUGUUCACCAUCAGGCAGGCUGAUUGUGCCAGCUUACCUGUAUUACAUUCACUCCCGCGUCUGCAGUCUGCCCCUUCCAUGGAAGACCAAGCCUCAUUCUUUCAUCUUUUACAGCGAUGACCACGGUGAAAGUUGGCACAAGGGCAGCGGGCUGUGGAAGCAAGAGACGUCGGAGUGCGAGGUGGCCCAGGUGGCCUGUAGCAACGGUAGCGACCUGCUGUACUGCAGCGCAAGAACCAGUCGGCAUUACCGGGUGGAGGCAACAAGCGUCUCCCAGUCCAUGGAGUUUGGAGAUGCCCAAUUCAAUAAAAGCCUCUGUGAACCACCUCAUGGAUGCCAGGGAAGUGUGGUGAGCUACGAGCCCAUGGAGGUCCACCAAGAAGAAGAUGAGGCUGAUGGUAGAGAUGAGUCCGGGAAGUCGUGCCUUAAGAUAAGAGCCUCAUCUUGGCUUCUUUACUCCCAUCCGACCAGCAGCCAUAGGCGUGUGGACUUGGGAAUUUACUUGAAUAAAUCUCCUCUUGUGCCAUCCAGCUGGGCUCGGCCAUGGGUCAUCAAUGAAGGUCCCAGCGGGUACUCGGACUUGGCGGUCUGUCAGGAUGCUCACACCUUCGCUUGUUUGUUUGAAGGUGGAAAGGACGCUUGUGAGAAGAUUACCUUCCGGAGGUUCACGGUGGAGGAGCUCCUGAACAAUUCCUCAAAGCCUUGAGUCAGACUUGCACUUUCCCUCCAUCUAGAAUCCAGCUGCAGCAGGUAUCAGACUUGCACUUUCCCUUCAUCCAGAAUCCAGCUGCAGCAGGUGCCAGCAUUUGGGCUCCAACUAGAAUUUAGCUGCAGCAGGUGUCAGACUUGCACUUUCCCUUCAUCUAGAAUCCAGCUGCAGCAGGUAUCAGACUUGCACUUUCCCUUCAUCCAGAAUCCAGCUGCAGCAGGUGCCAGCAUUUGGGCUCCAACUAGAAUUUAGCUGCAGCAGGUGUCAGACUUGCACUUUCCCUUCAUCUAGAAUCCAGCUGCAGCAGGUGUCAGACUUGCACUUUCCCUUCAUCUAGAAUUCAGCUGCAGCAGGUGUCAGACUUGCACUUUCCUUCCAUCUAGAAUCCAGCUGCAGCAGGUGUCAGACUUGCACUUUCCCUUCAACUUGAAUUCAGCUGCAGCAGGUGUCAGACUUGCACUUUCCUUCCAUCUAGAAUCCAGCUGCAGCAGGUGUCAGACUUGCACUUUCCCUUCAUCUAGAAUUCAGCUGCAGCAGGUGUCAGACUUGCACUUUCCUUCCAUCUAGAAUCCAGCUGCAGCAGGUGUCAGACUUGCACUUUCCCUUCAACUUGAA